AUGCACAUGAAGAGUGCGCAGCUGGACAUCGUGUUGGUGAACAAUGAGACGGGUGAGAAAUCGCCAGCCCCGCUCUACAUGACCUACAACCACCACCACGCGCUCAUGUUGGGGCCUCACGAGGACCUCAUGAAGUUGUACAACUACACCAAGGAUCACGAUCCAUUGGACCCCACCAGCUUCCCCAACCAGACGAAGAAGCACCACAUGCACCGAGGGUGCAUGAUGAAGCGCCGCUCCUUCGAGGCCCUGCUCACGGCCGCGCUGCCGCAGGGCCGCCGCUCGCAGGUGGCCGCCUUCGGCGGCGCCAGCGGCGCGGAGUACCGCGGCACGUCCACCAAGCUGGCGGGACGCUACACGUAUGCAGUGGACAGCCCGGACAGUUUCAUGGUGCUGAUGCACUUCAUCAACACAUAUGGCGCACCUGAAAGCCAGAAGCUCUGGGAGUGUCCUUGCACCAGCGCCCGCAAGAUCGACGUGAAGAACGGGACCAUUGACGGUCAGAAGCCGAUCCCUUUCUCCUGUUCCCAGCAGUUGAUUGACGAGAAGAACACCGCCUGCAGCCUUGCGACGUAUGAGGGUGGCUACCGCUGCUGCGAGCACGGCGUUUUCCUGACCGAGGGCCCUCAUCCGGCUGGGCCCCUGCAGCAGAUCGAAGCGAAAUUCACCUUCGAGUUCUACGAGCCGGACGCACCGGAGGUGAAAACAGCUCGGCCCACCAUGCAGCCCUCUUGCUGCGAUGCCACUGGAGGGUAUCUCUCCAACAGCUCCUACUUCGCCAACUUGGAGUAUGACAUUCCCCAGUGCAGUCCCGGUACUCCGCCUGAGCAGUGUGAGCACGUGAUCUCCAGCGUGGAAUACUUCGACGUGCCCAGCUCCAACAGCAGCGACCCCAACGAGGAGUUUGAAUUGGUCCACGCCUGGGGGCAUCAACACGUGGGUGGAAAUGGCUUGGAACUUUACAAGGAUUCCACCGGAGAACUCUUGUGCCGGAGCCAUCCGAAAUAUGGCACUGGAGAGCAAGCAGGAGAUGAGAAGGGCUUCGUCGUUGGUAUCCCGCCCUGCGUUUGGGGCCCUCCGCCGCUGCCAGCGCCACCGCGCUUCCGCCGCCACGACCACGUGCGCACGGUGGCCAGGUACAACGACACUUGGAGCGACGGACGUGACACGGACCGAUGUGACAAGCCACGCGCCACACGUGGGACCUCGUCCAGGUCGGCCACGUGCACGAGACGGGCGGGACUGGCGGUCCUGACUGCCCGGGGAUCAGGGGGGGUUCAUAUAGGGCCGGCGUGUUGA